AUGACCCAGCCAUGGGACCUUCCAGCUCAGCCGCAACCGACUUCACGGAAAUAUGAGUCGAUGUAUCGGGUGCGAGAGGAAGACAUCCCGUUUCUCUUCCGCCACCCGAAACCAAAUUCGGUUGUGGUGGAAUCAUCGCAGGGUCGGGAGGCCCGUGGACAUACCUCGCCUAGAGAUAAGGAGGGCAGAAAGGUUGAUUCCCUUGCCCGUCGGGUCUACGCAGCAUCGGGCCUGGGAUUAAGGAUCUCUAAUUAUGAGGCCACCCUGGCGCGUUACCAAUAUUUUUUGAUGCAACGCCUAGAUGCCAUCAUAGAUACGAUGCCAGGAAACCAAGGCGAACUUGCAAAAACCUUUGUUAAAGAAGCUAUGCAAGUCGCUGUGCAACAGCUUUCUACUGCAAGGCACCACGUAGACUUGGAUUCGAGGUCGCUGGUCGGGGCCAUUUCCCUCUGCAGACACGCCUGGUUGCGUAAUUGCAACUUCCCUGACGAAAUGAAGCGGAGAAUUGAAGAAAUGCCGUUCGACGGAUCCGGUCUCUUCCAUGCAAGAACGGACAGUAAACUGAAGAAGAUUCAUGAGUCCCGCAUGACCGCUCGUCGUAUGGAACUACAAUCUUUACCUAGACGUGAUCGAUUUUAUCGGAGCUCGACUGGAUUCGACGUCAGCAAGAGCCUUCCUUCCUCGAGACAGAUCAUAUGCGAUUGUUCAUCGCAUUACUCGAAUUCGGCAUGCAAGAACCGUUUCUGCCCGAUCUAUUCAAAGCCUUUUGGGGCACAUGUCUGCUGCCAUCGCUGUGGUCCCUCAUGCCAAGCUACGGCUACGUCCCCUUCAACUGUUCUUCAACAAACUGUUUCGGCCACAGAUAGCCCCUCCUACCAAAUGAAUCUGACUAUCGGCUUCAGUUCUCCAAUCCCUGCUAUGGUGGAUGGACUCAGCCAAUUUAACCGUUGGCGUUCCAUUUCAACCUCAGUACCCCACAGUAACCCUCGGUACCGAUGCGUCACUGCUGAGAUGGGGGGCCAUCUGCUCCAAUCUAAGUACCCAAGGGAGAUGGAGCCAUCGGGAUGGCAGGAAUCUUAUCAAUUUUCUGGAACUCCUUGCCGUUUUCAAAGCACUGCAAGCUUUCGAGGAUCUGCUCCUCCAUCAGAUCGUUCAAGUGACCUCCGACAACGUGGCAUCGGUCUUUUAUUUAAACAAACGAGGAACCCGAUCCCAGAAGCUAGCCCGUCUCGCCAUGCAGAUUUGGGACUGGUGUAUAUCAAGGGGUAUCAGUAUUCUAGCAGUUCACCUUGCGGGCACCGACAACACGGAAGCCGAUCUUCUGAGCAGACACAUGUCAUGCUCCCACAAAUGGGAGUUAGACCGUCGGGUUCGAAACAUGUUAUUUCACCGAUGGGGUCAACCAGACAUCGACCUGUUUGCCACUCAAGAGAACAGAGUGUGCAGGACCUAUUGCUCCAGAGCGGGAGUGGGUCAGGACUCCCUGGGCGACGCUUUCAUGAUUCCAUGGACAGGCAUGAUUUUUUAUGCUUUUCCCCCGAUCCCACUUACCAUGAGAGUGCUUGCAAAGAUCAUUCACGAAGGAGCUACAGGAAUACUAAUCACUCCAUGGUGGCCACGACAGCCGUGGUUCCCAACUCUCCUUCAAGUUUCCAGGGAGGAUUUUCUUCAACUCCCUCUUCUCCUUUAUCUAAUCACCCAAAAGGAAGGCACAGUUCGUCACCCAGACUUGCUAUCCUUGAAACUGACCGCAUGGCGGAUACAGUGACCCGGGGUGAUACAUCGGUAUCGACACCGCCUACCAUUCCAACCAUGCAUGCCCAGCAGAGCCUGCACCCGGAUCUGCAGUAUAUUCUUGAAUCUGCACUACGACCAUCUACCAGGAAGUCGUACGCAGCAAAAUGGAAAAGAUUUUCUAACUUCGCCAAUUUACACUCUUUUCCAGCCUCCUCAGCCUCCGUUUCACAGAUACUUCAGUUCCUUUUUGAACUACAUCAGUAUGGACUCAAACCUUCAUCUAUAAAGGUUUAUAUAGCAGCGCUCUUCCACUACAGAGGAGCUAUACAUGGUUUUUCCCUUUUUACUCAACCUCUGAUAAAAAGAUUUUUGAGAGGCUUAAGUAAUCUGAAUCCCACUGUAAAAUCCCUAAUGCCUACAUGGAGUCUCUCGGUGGUUUUACAAGCAUUAACCUGAUCACCGUUCGAGCCCAUGGCGACAAUUGAUUUACGCCUUGUUUCUUGGAAGACAGCCUUCCUCGUGGCAGUGACUUCAGCACGUAGAUCCUCUGAACUAUGCGCUCUUCGAGUGGAUCCCCCUUUUCUAAAUUUUCAUAAAGAAAAGGUGGUUCUUCGUAUGGAUCCGUCUUUCCUUCCGAAGGUUGCUACCUCUUUCCAUAUGCAACAGGAAAUUGUGUUACCGGCGUUUUUUCCGGUCCCUUCAAAUCCGAUAGAAAGAUCUCUACAUAUGCUGGACGUCCGUCGCUGCUUAGCCUUUUAUAGAUCCAGGACUGAAUCCUUUCGACAUUCAAAUAGACUCUUUGUGAAAUAUUCGGAGCACGACAAGGGUUCUCCAGUUACCUCUCAGCGCCUUUCGAAAUGGAUAGUUAAUACAAUUGUCCUAGCUUAUCAGCUCGCCAAGUUGGACUUAUCAUCUACUCCAAAAGGCCACUCCACAAGAGCUGUCGCUGCCUCUUCAGCCUUUGCAUCGGGAGUUCCGAUAGAGGACGUGUGCAAGGCGGCCAUUUGGGCUACCCCGUGCACCUUUGCCAAACACUAUCGGCUAGAUGUCUGUGCCAGACAGGAUUGCUCUUUUGGCAGAGCUGUACUUUUGUCUGUCCUUCGAU